AUCUUUUACAGAGUUAUGAGAUAGACUAAGUACCCUAACUACUAUACAUAAGACUGAAACAAAAUCUGGGCUCAAGCACAACGACUUGAUGUGGCUUGGUGUCAGCCUUCCUACAACACGUAAGCUCUCGCAAAGGUAACGCCAAGACGAUAGUUUAAGAGCGGCUGCUGCGGGCUCCUAUCUACCGCAGCUCAGCUGAACAUAUUUCAAGUCGCACCGGUUAUAAAUGGAAAAAAAAAUCAUGCCUUGUACUCAUCCGUCGCUUAGACCGCAUCCUUUACAACUCAUCACCCUUCUAUCCUCGAGUGGACGCGGUACGUUAAGGAGAAGAAAAAAGUCGACGUAGGCGUACUCUCCGCCUCCAUGCGCUACGUAAUAUAAGCCUCGAGGGGGUCUUUGGCUGGAACAGCUGAACCUCAUCUUAGCAAAGGGGUCAGCAAAGUUGCAUGUUUAGAGGCAAUUACCAUCGAUAUGUCUGCUCCUGGAUCAUAUCGUCCGCCGCUCCCACCUCGGAACCCCCAGCCGCCUGGGUAUACUAAUGUUUCUCUGGGAUAUCCGAAUAGCGGCUAUCCACCGCCACCUCCUGGAUCUCCUCCUCGGAAUCCGGCCUACGUACCCAACUCCCGGCCUCCGCCGCUCCCUCCGAGACCUCCUGGAUAUGAAAUCACCACCCCAACCAGUUCUAAUGAACAAUCCCCUUUAAAGUUCUCCAUUCCCCCGCCUUCUCCAGGACCGCCUCUAGGAAUCGUGAGGCCGGCUUCUACCAACCCCCCGUCAUACCCCUAUCGUUAUCCCGAGGCGCUUAGUCUAAAUCAAGGUUACGACUACUCACGCGCACCAUCCUACAAUCCCCACGGUCAGAAUGGUUUAGCGAGUAUUCCACUACCUCCGCCGAACCCAUAUGGCCAACCUGCCCUACAACGGCCAGCUAGUACCCGUUCUAUACCCCCAUCGCAUCCGCCGACUAUAACACAAUAUCUGCCGAGUCCUGCUCCUCAAGUUCCCGCAAAGAAAACCAUCAAGAUACCGCCUCCAGUGCAUACAACAGCUACAGGAACUCCCGAGAUUCGACCAUCAGAAAACAACCCGAGUUCUUCAGCGACAUCGCAGCCCUUUAAUACCCCGAUAUUAUCUUUAUCGCCCGACCAGCUCCCAUCGCCAUCUUCAGAGUAUUUAGAGGCUCAAUUCCAAUCUUUAUCUGUAGAAAAUCGACCGCCGACUAACUUGCCGUCCGUUUCGCAUCAUACUUCUCAACCCUUACAAUCUCCUCCAGAGGUUUGCUCAUAUAUUCCCGUAGCCACCUUCCCCGACCCUCGCGUACCUAAGUCAGAUGGCCAUAGUUACGAGUUACCGACAGAAAAUGAAAUUAAAGGCAAGCCUAUUGCACCAUCCGCAGGCCUACCGGCCCUAGCGCCACCUGCGGUAACCUCCUGUAUUGCCGAUCCGGUAACGUUCGCAACAGACUGGUACUGUCAUCCUGACGCACCUGAGUUUUUUAUAUGUUCGCGCUGCUACGUCGACUACAUCCACGGGACUAGGUUUCGGAACCUUUUCCGAAGGGAGAGAUUCAGCGACGGCAAACCGCGAACAUGCCGGUUCAGCAAGCCGAGAAUGCGGAAUCACCUACUUAAAGACGCUCUCGCAACGGGAUCGUUAGAGCCAGCGUUGGCUUGGAUGCGCUCCCGGUCACAAAUACCUGACUGCAAAGGGAUAGAGGGUGUUAAAGGAAAAGUCGGUAUUAAGUGGUACAUGGUGAGAUUAAACGAUAUACCAGGCUUUGUGUCUUGCGAAGCCUGCUAUGAAGACCGUAUCUUGACAAACCACUUUUUUGUGAACUUCGAGCCGACACAGUUACAGCCAGCAGAGGACACCUGGAGCUGCGACAUAGCGGUGCCUUAUAUUGAGAAGGAGUAUGAGGCCAGGGGCAAGGUCAACGACUGGGCUGGCUUCGUAAGUGAGACAAAGGCGCGAAUGUCCAUAAAGCCUUGCCCACAACGCAACCCAGAGUUAACCUACGGUAGGAAGUGGUUCGUUCCUAAGCAUGGUCCUGAAGGGUUGGUGCUCUGCUCAGGAUGUUAUUGCGACCAGGUGAUCCACACUGGUGAAGAGGCGUUAUGGGAGGUAGAUGAAAAACUUACAAAGGCAUACGAUACCAAAGUCCGGUGCAGCAUGGGUGUCUUCAGCAUUAGAAUGGCUAUGGCUCGCGCGCACGAAAUCAACGACUUCCAAGUAUUCUGGAGAUCCGUACAUAAGCUCGCCAACGAGAAGUUUUGCGAUGACGAUGGUAUCGAAGAUGGUAUAUGGUACACACUGCCCUCUGACCCGCCUAACUUCGGCCUCUGUGCCGGAUGCUACGUGACCAUCGCGGAGUCCCUCAAUAUAUCACGCUUUUUUGUACCGAAACGUGAUGCACAGCCGGCCGGGACGAAAUGGCAAUGCUGUUUUAGCAUCUCGCAUCCUCGAUUUCGGCAAUUCAUGCCACGGCUCUUAGAGAUGUAUCAUACACAUGAUCCGACCUCAUUCGACAAAUUUGCGUCAGUAUAUUGUUCUAUACCGAUAUGCCCUCGCGACGAAGACGCACAGAACAAGCACUGGUACGGAUGGAUGGACUGCACGAUUUGUCCGGAGUGCUAUACCGACUUCGCGCAGCAAAGCCCUCUGGCUGCGAAGAUGGAACUCAAUAACACGCUGUUAGAGACGAGCACAAUGUGCGAAAUGUAUAGCCCGCGUAUGCGCGACCUUUACAUAAAAUAUAGCGAGGCGUCGCCUCCUGACGCCAGGGAGCUACUCGCAUGUUCAGUGCAGCGGCGUCUAGUCUGGAUACAGACAGUUCCACAAAUGCGGAUGAUGUUAUUCCGAGCGAAGAUGGCGCUGAAUCAGCAGCGGUUUCUUAACGUUGCGAGUUCACACUACAACCAGGCCGGCAUGCUACAAGAUAUCACUUACGGGCACACGCACAUAUAUGGCGCUGCUGGAGUUGGUUACGGCUACGCGAAUGAGAAUCUCCUGCAGGGCGCUGUGUAUGCCCAGCAAGCCGCGCAAGCUGGUGCCAGUGCUGCAAGUGGUAGCGCGGUUCUACUUGUCGGGCAGCUAGAACAGCAGUGGAGAGCUGUUGAGUAGAUGGUAAGUUUAGUGAUACGGUAUGUAGGUGGUUAGAAUACUCAAGUCUGGUAAUAAAUUAUUCUAGGUUAGGUACCUCCUAACCUAAUGUUUAGACGAUACGAUUUGAAUUGAUACCGAACAUUAAGUCCCUAACCAUAGAUCAUGACAGAAUCUAUACGUCUCA